GGCAGGGCAGGGUAUGAAAAUGUUACCCUGUGAUCACCUCUGGUUUGUUCUAUCACACGAACAUGAGAAAUUUUCGUAUUUUAAAUCAGAUAUUUUUGCCUUCUUUCACUAAAAAUCAGUAUCGUUCUAACAAACAAUAUGAAGAAACACAUUUACUAUCGACUCUUACGCAACUUUUACAUCAAACAUGUUUUUUUAUUCUUUUUUGAUAGGCAGAACAAACAGCAACGCUCGUCUGAACGAAAAUUCGGCACACAAAUCUUGAUUUAAAGAAGUUAGUUGGGCAUUGAAAUGGUACGAUAUACUUAUAGGAAGCUGAGCUCAACCACUGAACACGUAAGUAGAUAUAUGAACUAUAUAAUGUCACAAAAUUUUUGGUCUGAUUUAGCCGUCUGAAGAGCCUUUCAUUGAUUUGGACGUAGUAUCUCUCCUACCUAAGGUUAAUGGGUAAGUAAUACGAAUGCAACUCAUUUAUCAAAUAAAUACAUACGUUAAUAUUAGAUGCAAGUCAACACGUUGGGCCAUCCUCGUAUCUGCAAUUAUCAUUAUUGUACUGUUGGUAGUAGUAGCGGUAGUGGUGGGUGUGGUUAUUACCUACCGAAAGAACAUUAUAAAAAGCAAGACAACAUCAGGUAAUGUUCAGAUUGAUUUCUACUCUUUCGACAUAUUGUUUCGUACCAUAAUGAAUCAUUCUACUUCCAAAGUACAAAUAUUCGUAAUAUAUUGCUGCGAAAUCGAUGAAUUGUUGUGACAGUGAAGAAGUCAGUCUUUAGUUAACAGUAAUAUUUACGUGUUAUAGAUUUGUGUCCUUGAUAUAUAUAGACUAGUUUUGUAUUAAUCUUAUGAUCUAAUCAUAAUCUAUUGAGUUUAGCAAAUGUCAUUCGAAAGAGAGACGGAAUCGUAUCCUAAAAACACAAAAAUCUAAUCCAUUUCUGUACGAAUAGGUUUAGUUGUAGCUACGGACAUACAGAUGCAGGACAAUAUUUCUUUCACAUCUUAAAUUAUUGUCUAUUUUUGUUUUAUUAAAUGUAUUUUCGAACAUUUAUUUCUAUCAAUCGAAUGUAAAAAAAAGUGAUUUAUCUUCAUAAAAACCUGAUCUAAUUAUUUUUAGAACAACGAAGUUAUUCUACAAAUAAUAUCACAGAAGCCACAUCUAUGACGACAAGUACAACCUCAACGGAAGCCACAAACUAUUCUGAAACCACCACAAUCAAUACUGACCAAUUUUCAUACCUUAAUACCAGUUUUAGUCUUGUUCCAUUCGAAAAUAAUACGAAAUGGAGACAAAAUGGAAUUACUAUUGUUGACAGAAAUAUAGAAAACGAUUCGUACAAUGGACUUUCUGAUCCAUAUAGUAUCUAUAUUAAUAAUGAUACGCAAACAUUUUAUAUCACUGAUUAUCAUAACCAUCGUAUUGUUGAGUGGAAAUCUAAUACAACGAGAAGUCAAGUUGUUGCGGGUGGUAAUUCGAAAGGAAAUCAUAGUAAUCAACUGAAUAAUCCAACGGAUGUAAUUGUUGAUAAAAAGAAUGAUUCGCUUAUCAUUUGUGAUUCUGGAAACCGACGAAUAGUACGUUGGCGUCUUGGAAAUACUGCAAGUGGAGAAACAAUUAUUUCAGACAUUAGUUGCUAUGAUUUAGCAAUAGAUAACGAUGGAGAUCUUUAUGUACUAAACUACGAAGAAAACGAAGUGCGACGAUGGAGAGUAGGAGAGAAAACAGGGACAAUAAUAGCAGGAGGAAAUGGAUACGGAGAUGAUCUCAAUCAACUCAAUUUUCCUAAUUCUAUGUUUAUCAAAGAUCAUUCACUUUAUGUAUCCGACAGCUUCAAUCAUCGUGUGAUGAAAUGGAUAAUAGGUGAAAAAGAAGGCAUUAUUGUUGCUGGCGGACAUGGUGUUGGACGUAAUCUCACACAAUUGAGUUACCCUUUAGGAGUGAUUGUCGAUCAUUUGGAUGACGUUUAUGUGGUGGAUUCAGCGAACAAUCGAAUAAUGCGUUAUCCGAAAGGAUCUCAAUUAGGUAUUAUUAUUGCUGGAGGAAAUGGUAUAGGACAACAACCUAAUCAGUUCAAGAAUCCUAGCGAUUUAGCACUUGAUGGGUAUAGCAAUCUUUAUGUCGUUGAUAAUCAGAAUAAACGAAUACAAAAAUUUGAAGCUGAUUUGAAUUGA